UCGGUUAGAAAUAAAAUGGCGAUUUAUCUUUCCGUGAUGGUAUCGUAUAAAAAUGUAUAUUUGUUGUGCUUUCUGUUGUGGAUUCCGUUCUGUGGAAGUCUAGAAGGACAAAAUGUUUGUAAACGAUUUAAAAAGGCAAGAAAUGCAAGCAAUAAAGAGGUAGAUAUUAUAGAUUUUUUCUGUUGUGCUGGAUAUAAAGCUGCAAAUAACAGAUGUGUAGAAUGUACAGAUUGUACCAACAUCGUCUGUCCAAUAGGAUUUUGUGGAGAAGGAUGUGUAAAACAAUGUGAAUGUACAAAUAAUGCUCAUUGUCAUCCUCAACAAUGCUGUGUGUGUAACAAGGGAUUUACAGGACAAUCAUGUGACACACCUUGUGCGGAAGGAUAUUAUGGCGAGGGUUGUAUGCACACUUGUUUGUGCUCGAAUCAUUCAAUUUGUGACCGGUUUACAGGAACAUGUGUAUGUAACGACGGAUGGACAGGUGACACAUGUGCAGAAGUUACAGAAACUUCUUCGAAUGUUACAUGCUCACCAAACUGUAAUUGUCAAGAUCCAAGAUGUUCAGUUAAUGAAAGUGAUUGCCAAUGCCAUUUGAGCAAUUCGACAACUAUAGAGGACGCACUUGCAUUAGAUGCAGAAACUCGCCAGUCAACAGAAAUCUUCAGUUUUAUCCUAAUUGCUACUAUCGUAUUGGGGUUAUUGAUAAUUAUCGUAGCACUUAUAUCGAUAGUUAUAUUUAUCUCAAGGAAUGGUAGAAAGAAAUACCGAGUAGUUGAAGCUACAACUACAGAUGUAACUGGCCAUUAUGAUGAAAUAAAUCCUUAUGACGAAAUUCCAGAGGAACAACUCGAACAACUUGAACGCAUACGAGAACCUUAUUAUUCCACACCUGUAGAUGUCGUUAAACUCAAGCGAACACAUUCAUUACCAACCAUAAAACCGAACAGAAUAAGAGACGCCCACAUUGUACCUGAGAUCAGAUAUCCGAAUGGAUCUCCAAAAAUGCACAAAUAUCUUUCAUUGCCAAACCUAUUCAAUAAAGAUGUUAUGAAGGCUCCAUACACUGAGUUGAACACGUUAAAAGAAGUGAGGCAUUAUUACAAGUUGAAACAUCAUUCACACCAACCUACAGGAAGUGGCUAUCUUCAUCCAUAUAACAGAUUACUGCGACCAGGUAUCAUCGGAAGUGGAUAUCUUCAUCCUUAUAGUGCACUGAAAAAGAAUGCAGAAAACAUUACAACUAGCUUCGAUUCAAACAUAUACAUCGAAAGAUCAGUCAGUGGUGACGAUAAAUUAAAUACCUCUGUUAAUACAUUAAUUAGUGUAGACAAACAAUCUAUGUCAACAGUAAGUGGCGACAAUAAAUCAACUACGUUUGUUGACAGACCCGUCAGUGUCGACAAUAAAUCAAAUACGUCUGCUGAUAGUCGUCCCGUCGGUGAUCACAAUAAAUAUGUUAAUAGACCAACCAGUGGCGAUAAUGAAUCUUAUACGCCUGUUAUUAGAGCAGUGCGCGGAGACAAUAUAUCAGAUACGUUUAUUAAUACACCCGUCAGUGGCGACAACGAAUCAGUUUAAAAACCAAUCAGAUGCAACAAUAAAACCAAAUACGCCAGUCAAUAGAA